GUGUAGUCGAGCGGAGUCGGACAGCCCUUCGCGAGAGAAAAAAAUAGAAAAAAAAUUGAGGGAAAAAAAUCGGUGAAUCCAAGGGGUUCGGGCGGAUUUGGACGAAGUUUCCGAACUGUCCCGGCCCGGAGGAGCCCUGGGGGUUGAAAGGGAAUCGCCAGCACCGAAAUAAUGGAAGAUUCCCAUUUCAACUCAUCAUACUUUUGGUCUCCCGUACCAACAGUGCAAGGACAGAUUGAGAACGCCAUGUUUCUGAACAAGAUGAAGGAACAGCUGGGGCCGGACAAGGGCGCUUCUUUUCCGCACUCGUCUGCGGCGCACUACCCUACAGCGGUGCUGACGGUGCCAGGCUCGGUCGCCAUGGACACGGGAACCAUCGGGAGGGUGCCGAAGCAAGAGGGUGGUGGUGGAGGAGGAGGGGGCGGGACAGCAGGGGCGCAAAUGACCACCGUGGGAGCACACCUGCACCCACCUCACACGUCCCAGAACAUCACAGUGGUGCCCGUACCAUCUACUGGCAUCAUGACGGCAGCGGGGUUAGUGAUCACGACUCCUCAGGGCACAUUGGUCACUCCUCCUGCUUCCUCUCAGUCUUUUGUUUCUGGUCCGCCAACAACGACCAUGAUUGUGUCCGCUCUGCACCCAACAAACACAGAGGCUGUCCGGCCCCCUUCCCUCUAUCUCCACAGCCACUACAAGAAAGAGGAUGGCAGUAUCCCACCCGCUGUAGUCAUGCCAGUUCCCGCAAAGCGGGGGAGAAAGAAGAAGUCCAUGAUGCAAAGGGCAGGUCCUGUUUCAGCCCAUGCACUCGCCACAGGAAGUGAUGCGCUGAUUCUUGCGCACCUGGCCGCUGGGGGACAGCACAACACAAGUGACCCGUAUGACCUCUCCAACGAUGAGGAUGAUCAUCAAAGCAAAGAUGGAAACAAGUCCUACAGGUGCCGGAUGUGUGCGGUGACGUUCUUCAGCAAAUCAGACAUGCAGAUUCAUGCCAAGUCCCACACGGAGGCGAAGCCGCACAAGUGUCCUCACUGCUCCAAAUCCUUCGCCAACUCCAGCUAUCUGGCGCAGCACAUCCGCAUCCACAGCGGCGCCAAACCCUACACCUGCUCCUACUGCCAGAAAACCUUCAGACAGCUCAGCCACCUACAGCAGCAUACACGAAACCACACAGAGGGCAAACCGCACAAGUGUCCUCACUGCUCCAAAUCGUUUGCCAACUCCAGCUACCUGUCCCAGCACAUCCGCAUCCACAGCGGGGCCAAACCCUACACCUGCUCCUACUGCCAGAAAACCUUCAGGCAGCUCAGUCACUUACAGCAGCAUAACAGGAUUCACACUGGUGAUCGGCCGUACAAGUGUGUCCAUCCCGGCUGUGAGAAAGCUUUCACCCAACUAUCAAACCUCCAGUCUCAUCGAAGACAGCACAACAAGGACAAGCCAUACAAAUGUCACAAUUGUAACCGCGGUUACACAGAUGCGACCAGUUUGGAGGUUCACUUGUCUACACAUACGGUGAAACACGCGAAACUCUACUCCUGUGGCCUCUGCAACCGCGCAUACACAUCUGAGACGUACCUGAUGAAACACAUGCGAAAACACAACCCAGACCCUCUGACGGUAGCGGCCGCAGUGGCUGCCCAGCAAGCCCAGCAGGGCCAGAACCCGGCUCAGCCCUCGGGCGGAGGAAGCGGCAGGGGUCGCGGGCGAGGCAGGGGCGGCGGGGCUGCUGCAGCCAGGGCAGGAACAGUGGCGCAAGCGCAAAACCAGCCCAAUCCCACCCCGCCAACCAGUUACUCUGUUACAGAGGGAAUACCCUGCCCUUUCGACCUGCAUCAGUACAAGACCGUGUCGGCUGGAGAGAUCCAGUACAAGCCGGUCAGCGUGGCCGACCUGACGGCCCACAAAGACCUCUGCCUCACCGUCUCCACCUCUGCCAUCCAAGUGGAGCACAUGAACUCGUAGAGGAACUCGAGGAGAAUGAGAGCGAGGAGGUGGGGUGAGGAGAAAUGGACCAUGAGUUGGGAAGGAAAUAAAAACACUGCCUUGGGACAGAGGAGGAUUUCCAAAUACAGGCUGUCAGGAUGAAGGGAGGGGAGGAUAGCAGAUGGAGGAGAAAAGGAGAGAUGAAGGAGGAGCUAAUUAACUCUUUGAGUUGUCUUUCUUUAGACUUGCUUUGCGGUGUCACAAAAAAGGCCUUAAGCUGACUAUUUUCAGUUAGCAGCUUUUUUAAAGUAUACAAUACUCAACCCCUUUUGCCACUAUAAAGUGCAACAGUCAGCUUCUGGAAGUAAAAAUCCCAUUCAUUUGCAAA